AGAGUACGUGCGAUCUGCUCGCGAGGGAAGUCUGAAAAGGUUCCCUCGGAUCUGGAUUGCGUCGAUUAGAUUUAAAUGCACAGAGUGGAUGAGAAAGUUUCAAUCGAGAUAACCGUAAAUUGUCGCCUUUUAAGAGUUCUCGCAUUGUGUACUGUGAUUGGAGGAGUCCAGCUCUGGAUCAUUCUUUCAGUGGAUGUCUAACCGGUCUGGAAGCUUUUGCUUUCAAAAUUGGCAAAAUGGAGAGACUGGUCCAGGAAGGUAAGCAUCCUAGCACGGCUGUACAUAUCGGGAGUUUGCUGUGGGCUCGUGACGUCGAGGACAUCCGUCUGAAUGGGAUUCGGAAAUGAAGCAUUUUACGAUAUUGUGCUGUAAACUGCUAGGCAUGCGAUGCCAGCUACAGCUACCGGCCGAAAUGCAAGGAAGUUGAGGACCCUUACCACCACGUUCGUCUAUCAAUGGGCUGGGAGAGUUGGGUGUAUGCUUUGUGUCCUACAACUCGCUGAGUCGAUGCUUCCUUUCUGGCAAGAAUCAUGGCAGAGUUCACUGACAAGGACUGCAGAAAGUAUGCGGUUCCAAGAUCUUUUGGUGACAGUUUUGAGGAAUUGUGUUAAUGGGGGGCCACUAUGAUUUGUACAAGUGGCUAGCUCGCUUUCGCAUGGAUUCAGCACGAAGGAACGGUUCCUGUCCCAGGUACAACGAGGCCUCAAAAUCUGGAGGAGAACGUCGGACCCCUGACCUUUCAAGCUCACUGCAAAUGACAUCCAGAGUCUAGGAGCAUCUGUGCCUCCUGACGAAAUGCUAGGGGACAGAUACAAGGACAUGAACCAUACUGAGGGGUUUUGAAAUAGUCCUCCUGGUGAUUCCUGGACAGGUGCUCUACUAGCCUAGCCACUCAUCGAUGAGCAUCAUGCACAUUAGUAUUUGGCAGUCAUUGUAAAUGAAAGGCCUAUACUGUAUAUGCCUUUCGAUUACAGCAUACUAGACCGAUGGUCAUCUUGAAACUUGGUGGCAAUGUAAAAGCGUACCCGGGAGGAUACAGCGUCCGUCAUAUCCUGAAAGGAAACUUCCGCUGACUUGUGUAAUUCGGAAAUUUGACAUUGACUUCAUCACUGUAAUUAAUGUUCUCUUGAUGACCAGAGUCCGA